GGUAGUCAUGGCGAAAAGGUUUGACCUCGAUGGCAAGGAGAUCGCACCCAUCAGGAUGUGCAUUAUAGGAGCAGCUGGUUUCAUCGGAUCGCACCUAUGCGAAGCUUUGAUGUGGGAGACCAACCAUGUAGUGGUGGCGGUUGACAUGUACAAUGACAAGAUCGAGCACCUGCUCGGUGAUUCUCAUCCAUGGAGCGGCCGUAUGGAGUUUCACCAGUUUAACAUCAGCAAUGAUCCGCGUCUUGAAGGCAUUAUCAAGUCAUGUGACUUGACGGUUAAUUUGGCUGCCAUCUGUACUCCAGCGGAUUACAACACAAGGCCGCUGGAUACUAUUUACAGCAACUUCGUCGAUGCUCUCCCCGUGGCCAAGUUCUGCUCAGAUUUCAAAAGAAGACUGAUCCAUUUCUCCACCUGUGAGGUCUAUGGCAAGACGGUUGGAGCAUUUUUGCCUCCUGACAGCAACAUGCGCAAUGAUCCCCAGUAUUAUGUGCUGAAAGAAGACGAAACGCCUUGCAUUUUCGGCCCUGUGCAAAAGCAACGGUGGUCAUACGCUUGUGCAAAGCAGCUCAUUGAGCGGGUCAUCUAUGCUGAAGGGGCUGAAAAUGAUCUCAAAUUCACCAUCGUCCGCCCGUUCAACUGGAUUGGUCCCCGCAUGGAUUUUAUCCCGGGAAUCGAUGGCCCCAAGGAUGGUGUACCCCGCGUUCUUGCUUGCUUCAGCAAUCAACUUUUGCGGGGAGAACCGCUGAAGCUGGUUGAUGGUGGGAAGUCACAACGGACCUUUGUGUACAUCAAGGAUGCAAUCCGAGCCGUGAUGCUUAUGAUCGAAAACCCAGAGCGAGCAAAUGGGCACAUUUUCAAUGUUGGGAACCCCAAGAACGAAGCUUCUGUUCGUGAACUGGCCACGAUGAUGACAAGGAUCUACUGCAAAGUGAGCAAGAAAUCAGAGCCUGCAACACCCACAGUUGACGUUACAUCAAGCGACUUCUAUGGAAAGGGUUAUGACGACAGUGACCGCCGAAUUCCAGACAUGACGCUUAUUCAGCAGCAGCUGGGUUGGGAGCCAGAGACUUCCUUGGAAGAGUUGUUGGAUACCAGUCACCAACAGCUGUCCAUGCGACUACUCCACAUCCUGCGGGAUCGAGGCGCGAAUGGAAAUUUGCGAGGGGAAUGGAACACCAAGGGGGGACGGGAUGGACUGGAUGCCGUCUUGUGCCAUGCAGAGGCGGUAUACCGGGCCAACAUGGCCAACAGAAAGGCGUCUUUAGGGGGCCAUUUACAACCCAUGCUGAAGGAUUUCCACCACAUGCGCAUGCGCGUGCUCAUUCCCACGUACCCCUGCCCCUAUGAGGAGAGGGUGGGGGCGUGGGGCGUGGGAGGGAAGUGGGUAUGCCUGAUUCCAACUGCAGUUCAAGCCAAGCCAGUUGUCUACAGUGUGGGCAGCGACGAGGAGUACUCUUUUGAAGAGUCAAUGUUCCGUCACUACCGCUCGCAGCCCUACACGCUCGACCCCUUCCUCUCCCCGCAAGCCCAGGCGCGCAUGCAGCUGCUGCGCUUCCUGCACUUUCACUCGCUGGGGCUGGCUGGGAAAGCAUCGUUAGGCGACUACCAAAAAUGGAAUGUGACUUUCCGCACGCUGCCUGAAUUGAUGCAGGAUCUCAACCACACAUACGUCGACAUUCUGAAGCUCAGCUGUGGGGGUUGUGAGGAGGAGGUGAUAUUUGAUGUGUAUGAGGGCAGUGUGAAUGGGACUGCAGGGGGAGCAGGGAGGGGAAUGCGGGAGAAGGUAGAUCAGUUCCGGUCAUUAGAAGAAGCAGCAGAACCAGCAGCACCAGCAGCACCAGCAGAACUAGCAGCACCAGCAGAUGCAGCUGCAGCAGGAGAAACAGCUGCAGGUACUGGUGCAGCCGAACCAGCAGGUGCAAUUGCCGAACCAACAGGUGCAGUUGCCGAACCAGGAGGCGCGGGUGCCGAACCUGAAGGUGCCAGUGGCAGUGGUAGUGGGGGAGUGAGGAACUAUGAGGAGGGGAGGGAAGAUGCAGUGGACCCUUCUGUUGGUGCUCGACUGGCCAUCAAUGGAGGGAAGCUUCCUUUUGGACAACUCGUUGUCGACUUUCAUGAGUAA